AUUUCCAUAGUUGCCUAAUACAGAGAUAGCAGAAGCCAUGGUUUCUCUUCAAACACCCCUCUCCCCAAAUCGAAGAAAAGCAAUUACAGAAUUUGAUAACUUACUGACAAAGAAGAGGAAGUGGGAAGAGCCUGCGGCAGAAGCCAGACAGUCUAUUUUUGUGAAGCCCUUCAAUGUAAAAGACAAAAGCACCAGCACUUCCAUUUUGGACAUGGAACUUCAACUGCAGGAGACACCAUUGCCAUCAGAGUGGCAACGAUGCCUUGACAUUCAGUCAGGGCAGAUACACUUCUAUAAUACAAGGACCCAUAAGAGAACAUCGCGGGAUCCAAGGAGAAGCCCAGAGCCUACUGAGUCUGGCGAUGAUCACAUGAGCCUGGACCUGGAGCUAAACCUACCAUGUGGGCCGAUGAAAAAGAGCCAUGCUGAUCAGGAAGCCGGCAUCAAUAAUAAGCAUAUGCCAUAUGAUUCUUCCCAUAGUUCCACAACCAUCACUACUGAUUUACUUAUGAAUUUGGACCAACACAAAAAUAAUUCAUGCAGGAGCCCAACAGGUUCGCCGCUGCCAUGGCUUUCAACCGAACGAGAUCAAGAAGAUAUGGUAACAGCCGUGUGCAUGCAGUGUCACAUGCUGGUUAUGUUGUGCAAGACUUCCCCUAUCUGCCCUAACUGCAAAUUCAUGCACCCGCCGAACCAGAGCCCUCCAAACCAACUCAAGCCAAGAUUUAGCUUCUUGUGUUGAUCAGCACGAACAAAGGUUCAAGAAUUAUGCUUUAAGGAUGAUAUCCACCAUAGCACACUUGCUAUAUAUAUAGGUACAACUUAUCUUCCUUUUCCAGAAAUUUAUUUACCUCGUCCUUCUCUAGUCUUUUGGAAAUGUAAUGGUUUCAACCAGGAAAAAAAGGCUUCUGGAAAAAAAAAAAAAAAGAAAAGGAAAAGAGGGUGUGGAGACGCAUAUAUAUAUAAAUGUAAAUAGAACUAAAUAUAUCAAAUUUUUUUGUGCAA